CCAACAUGUUUGCGAAUCGGGAGAGCGCUAGGAAAAUAAAGAUUGAAUCCACACUUCUUAAUUUGAUGUGAUUUUGCCACUAUGGCAAAUCCAGGACAUCCAUACGGCCAUUCAAUGAUGUCCCAACAAGGAAUGGGUCAGCAGUACCCGGCAAACACAAUGGCAAACCAGCAACAGCAGCAGCAACCGCAGCAACAGCAACAAGGCAUGAUGGCAAACCAGCAAAGCAUGAUGGGAGUGCAACAAAAUCAGCAAGGCAUGAUGGGGCUUCAGACACAAACAACCUUACCUCAGCAGACACAACAGAUGAUGUCCCCUACCAAAGAGAUCAAUGGAGUCAACAUGUGUAAGAAGGGACAGGAAUGUGUACAGGAAUUGUUUCAGAAAAUGCAGGAGAUCUUCAAGUACAUGACAACUAAGGGAAAUCAGCUACCUAAUGGUAUGAAUUGUAAUGCUCAGCUCGCUCAGGAGAGGAGGGCAAAGGUCAGCGAGCAGCUAGAACAGCUCACCAUAUUGUUCAAGAAAAUCCGCUUGUUUUACGACAGAGUGAAUGAAAUGUGUCCGGAUGAACCCGCAGAAGAAACUUUAGUUGCUGUUGUGGGACAGCCAUUUGAAGAAAAGUUCACUCCAGGUGCAGACUCCUGUUUCAAGUAUAAGUUUGGUAAAGAGGAAAACCGAGAAAUAGUGGAGCAACUGAGAAUGAAGAACAGACAGUUGAAGGCUAUCAUUGAUCAAAUCAGGACCAUUAUCUGGGAAAUCAACACCAUGAUUGUAAUGAGAAAAACUUGAUUUUACCCAAGUACUGCAUCCUGAACCUAAUGAAAGGUGUUCUGUGGACACUGGUUUGCUUUUAUCUAUCAACAAUUGGCCACUUCUUGUGACAUUGUUGGCAGGUUUUCUUAGCAGAAGUGUGCCUCCUUGUUGGAAGUAUCAUACUGAGUGCACCAAAUUAUUUUUAUUAGACUGAAUACAGUCGAGAGAUGUGCCAGAGCAGUGUUGUCAACACCUAUAUUGUUACGAUGUCAUUGUCUUUUAUGUCAUAUCUUUAUAAAAGAUACAGAUCUGAGAAUUCUCCAAUUGUGUACUGUGAAAUCAUUAAAAUUUGUGGAGGCCAAUUUUUGUAGAUUGCUUAAAUUUUACAUAAUUUCAUGUUUCCUCUAAAUCCCCCAUUAUUUAGCCUCCAUGAAAUUGAAUAAUUCCACAGUAACUUAAUUGUUUUUGUCAGAGCCUUGGUAAAAAGAACAAAAACAAAGAUUCAAUUUUGUAUAUGUACUAUAUUUUCAUGUAAUUUAAAAUGUCAGAACAUUGUACUGGUACAUUGUGACAUGGCUAACUUGUAUAUCUAAGAAAUCUGAGAAUAAAUGUCAAAAUUCUGA